AUGUGGCGAAACGACCAGGGCGAGUGCGACCUGCCCGUGCCCGCUGCGGGCGUGGGCUACGCCGCCCACCUGCAGCCGACGCUGCUCCUGCAGGCGCUGCUCGAGGGCGACACGGUGCGGUUCCUCUCGCGGCGUGGACCGCUGUCGAGCCCAGGCGGGCCCCACGGCGCGCGCGGCAGAUAUCCUGCUGCGCUCCUCGUGGCCGACCACCGCGCGGGCCUGCUCGGCGACGGGGCUGCGCGCGUCGACGCCGUGCUGCCCGGCGGCCUGCUGCUGAGCCGCGCCGCCGCGGCCGGGCAGACGGUCACGGGCGCCUGCGCGCCCGGCCCGCCGAGCCGAGCUGAGCCGAGCUGA